AUGAUAUAAAAUUUACAAUCUAAGUCGCGCUCUGGAGAAUCGGCCCCGCAUUUAGGGUCGUCGCAGGACUGCACACCCGAUGUAGCUUUGUCGACGCCCAAACUCACGCGUCACCUAUGCGUUAUAAAAAAUAGAUCAGCAUAAGCAUUGCAACCAAGCUUCUCAAGAUCACCGCGUAGGGCCGAAAGUCGCAGUACGCCCGACCACUGCUGAGUUGCCUGUCCUCCUUCGCACCACCGCGCGACUGCCUUGUACUUUCUCAACCAGAGGUGAAGUAUUUGUGCUCCACGUGGGAGGCUGUGAUAUCGCGUUUGAGGGUGUGGGCUGACUGCAUGCCGACCCCUGAACUUCGUCGCGACUUGCAGGCCUCUUAGAAGCCUUCGACGGCAAGCCUGCGCCCGGAUAUCAAUAGACGUGGACCGCGCCUGGCAUGCGAGCACGCGUGCCGGAAUCCCGGCCACAUGGCCCAGGCGGCGUCGGCCCUGCUCACGCUGCUGCUAAUCCUAGCGUUCGCCCGCCUCACAGCGGCUGCACGAACUUACAAUAGCAUUGCUGAAGGAGCGGGAGUGUCGACCGUCAAUGUCUGGGACGAUGCGCUGCCCCUCGAUGGCGAGGCUGUUGUGCAGGAGUUGUUCUCCUCGGACAGCUCCACCGUACAACCCGCUGAGGCGGUUCGCCACAUGGGAACCGAAGUACAAGAGGUCCUGCGGCGCUUCAUGCUGAGUGAAACCGCGCCAUCGUACCCAGGCUCCACGCUCCCUCCCCCUCCUCCUGCCACGCCCUCGCCUCCCUCCCUCGCCGUGGGCCUCACUGACCCGUGCGACAUCUGCAACGACUGCCUGAUGGUCAUGUCCGGCGUCGCCGCCGCCUCACUGGCCGGUGCCAGCGCCGACGCUCGCUCCGCGGCCUUCCUGACGGCCUGCGCCGCCCGCGCCGCCUUCAGCACUGCGGCCUGUAACUCGUUGUCCAACAUCAUUCUGGCAGGCACCACCAACACCGCGGCCCGCGCCGGCCUCCUGUGCGUCAACCUGGGCGCCUGCUCCCCCACCUCCUGCACCGCGCCCGCGCUCUUCAGUGCAACCAAGAUCGGCGCCGCGGGCACUACCCUGACCGGCGCCCUCGACCUUUGCGCCGCAGAGGGCGUGACAGGCGGUGCCCCCACGCCACUGCCCUCCGCAACCCGCACCGCCGGCUCGUGCCGAGUCGCCAGCGACUGCAGCGGCACCGGCGCCGUGUGCUCCAUUCCCGACAAGGCCGCGCCGCAGGUGUGCGAGUGCGCCGCCGGCCGCGACGUCUGCUACAGCCUGGGCACCUGCAUCAGCUACUGCGCCCUCAACUCCACGCUCGCCACCGUCGCCUCGCUCAACGGCGGUGCCGCCGUGUGUGACCCCGCCGCCGCCGCCAACCCCGCCUGCGCCGUCGACGAGGUGUGCGCCGCGCCCGCCGGCGGCUGCAGCCAGUGGCAGUGCGACCCCACCGCCCAGUCCCUCAAGCAGGCGGCCUGCGCCGGCCGCUGCCAACCCCGGGCCCUCAAGGUGCUGUCUGCCGCGCUGUCCGACACCGGCGACGUCGUGGCGGUGACGCUGUCGGCGGCCGCGGCGCCGCUGGCGCUGGUGCCCUGCGCCGCCGUGUUUGACGAGGCCAGCGCGGCGCUGCUGGGCGCUGAGGCGCUGUGCCGCAGCUCCGGCAACACACUCACCGCACAGCUCACGCCCGCUGCCAAACUCAUGCCUGGCAUGUCGUUGACGGCUCUGGGCACCGGCUCCGCCCUCUUGGGCGCCCUGGACGGCAGCCGCGCCUUCACCGGCUCCGCCCUAGUGGCCAAGUGCUUCGCCUGCGCCUCGCCCAAGCCCGCCGUGGCCGGACCCGCCACCAUCACGCAGCCCUGCGCCAGCGCCGGCGGCGGCCUGCUGGCCGCCGCGUCCUCGCAGCCGCCCGCCUUCGACGCCUCCACCUCCAUCGACCCCUCCGGCCGCGCCGAGUGGGCGGACGUGAAGUGGGCGCUGGAGGCGACCGGCCCCGAGGCCGGCCGUGCCGCGCUGGCGACGGCUGUGGAGCGCACCAACGCCCUGGCGACGCCUCGCGACAGGCUCCGCCUGGCGCUGACGGCCGCCGAGGCGUCCGGUCUGGAGGAAGGCAGCUACGGCCUCAAGGUGACGCUGACCAGCUGGCUGGGCACCUCCGCCUCCGCCGUGACCUCCUUCGCCAAGGCCUCCACCAGCAGCCCAGCACCGCUGGUCCAGAUCCUGGGCGCCGCCGCCGGCCAGACCUUCAAGAUCAGCGCCGGCCUGCGCGCCGCCGCCGAGUCGGGCCCGCUGUGCAAGGGCCAGAGCCUGGAGUGGCGCUGGACCGCAGUGAGCCCCGCGGGCUGGGGCGGCCUGCCGGCAGGCGGCGUGGCGGCGGGGCAGCAGCAGCUGUACCUGCCGGCGCCCGUGCCCGCCGUGCACGGCCAGAAGGUCGCGCUCAAGGUCAAGGCCGCAUACGUGGGUGCCACCGACGCCUCCGCCUUCGGCUCCGCUGAGCUGUCCCUCCUCGCCCUGGGCUCCACGCCCCUGGCGUCCCUGACCGGCCCCAGCGGCGACGUGGCGGACACGCAGCCCCUGGCCUUCAACGCCACCGCCUCUUCCGACCCAGACGCCACCGCCGGCACGCAGCGCCUGACCUACAAGUGGGAGUGCCGGCGCGAGGACCACCCCGCGCCCUGCUUCGCCGGCGCAGCCCAGGGCGACGCCGCCACUGCCCCCGGCGUGUGGGCCAUCCCCGCCGGCCUGCUCGCCAACGGCAGGAGCCACACCAUCACAGUCACCGUGUCUAAGGAGGUCGCCGCGGGCGCGAGCGCGCUGGAGGCCGUGGCCUCAAUCACCGUGCGCCCCCGCUCCGCCGAUGUGCCCUUCCCCCGCGGCACGCUGGCGCGCGGCUGCUCCGCUGCCACCUGCUCCUCGCCGCACGCCACCGACUCCGCGCUCGUGGUCACGCUAACGCUCGAGCCCGGCUACGAGGCCGCGGCCGUGGGCUGGUCCUCGCCCGAGCUCUCCGCCGCCGCGCUGGCCGCGCUGCCCGGCCUGGUUUCCGCCGCCGCCGCCACGCCCGCCGUGCGUGUGCUGACGCUGCCGGCCGCACUGCUGCCCAGCAACCGGCCCGCCAUCACCAUCGCCGUCAACAUGACGCUGGCGGGCGCCAGCAGCAUGAACACCACCACCAUCUCGCUCAACUCGGCGCCGGCCUGCUCGCUGGCCGCCGAGGCUGCGGCCGCCGACGACACCGGUGCCAAUGCUGGCUGCCUCAGCCUCGAGCUCCUGGACACGACCUUCCCCACCGCCGCCGUCGCAGUGCACGCCGCGGGCUGGCUCGACCGCCAGGACACGCAGCUACGCUACGAGUUCGGCGUGCGCGACACCGCCGCCUCCGGCCACGACCAGGUGCAGCGGGUCGGCGCCUCCGCCUCCGCCACGCUCGUGGGCCUGCCCGCCGGCAACGUGACGCUCUACGCCUGCGCGCUCAACAGCGGCGGCAGCCGCACCUGCGGCGCACGCGUGGUGACAAUCGCGCAGCCCCCCGCCGAUUUCAAUAUCUCUGCCGCCGCUGCCUCGCUGGAUGUGGACGCGCUGGUGGAGAGCAAGGACAUAGGCUCGCUGCUGCAGGCCGGCGCCAGCCUCGCCAACCUGAUGUCCUUCACCUCGAGCUCUCCUGCCGCAAGCAACGGCAAUGGCAACGUCACGGGCGACUCGUCGUCCCCUGCCACCGCCGUGGACCCCGCCGUCGGCGCGGCCAUCGCCAAGCAGAGCUUGACGCUCGUGUCCGCCAUCCUGACAGGCACCUCCAUGAGUGACCCCGAAGCCGCGCAGCAAGCCAUCUCCGUCAUCGGCGCUGUGGCCGGCUCCGCCGCCGCCUUCCUGCCUGCCUCAGGCAAGGCUGUCAUGGCCGGCGCCGCCAAGGCCGCCGCCGCCACCAUCAAUUCCAACGCAUCCAACGACUUCCUCUCCAACAUCCUCCCACCUACCGGCACCACCAUCAACAGCAGCGGCAACGGGAAGGGCAACGCCCGCCGCGCGCUCCUGCAGACCACCGCCAACGACACCACCACGACUGACGCCGCGGUCAUCGCCGCCGCCCGCAUCGCCGACCUUGUGUCCGUGUCUGGCCGCGUAGGUUCUGCCCUCAGCGGCAAGGCCGUCCCCGGCGCCGGCUACACAGCCCUGGGCGACGGAGGCGUGUAUGUGUCCGCUGUGGGGCUGCUGCAGCCCGUGCCCGGAGCCGGCGCCAGCAGCGCCGCAGUGCAGGCGCUCCUGCGCGCCGGCCCCGAUGCCGCCGCGAGCGCCGGUGCACCCGCCUCCACCGCCGCCAACAGCGCCAAGCCAGCUCGCCGGCAACAGCGCCGCCACCGCCGCCACCUGGUGGCCGACGCCACAACCGCCACAACCGCCGUCACUUCUUCGACAGUCGGCGCCAGCAGCGCCGCCGCCGCACUGCUGCUCACCGGCACGGCCGCCGCCGCUGCUGGCGGCGGCCUGGGGCUGGUGCUGCAGUACGCGCCCUGCGCCGGCCCCGCGCUGCAAGCCGCCCUGGCUUCCAGCACCCUGCCCGCCGACACCACCCUGCUCACCGCCGCCGGCCUCACCACCGCCUCCUGGCGCAUCGCCACCGGCGCCGCCACGCUCGCCGGCGCCGCGCCCACCUUUGACGGCACCAGCGCCAGCUACCUCACCCUCUCCAUCCCGGCACCCGGCGUGGACGCCACACUCACCGUGGGCUGCAUCGCCUACGACCCCAUGACCAACGCCCCCACCGGCCCCUUCAUCGCCGGCAGUCUGGACGCCGCCACCAGCCUCGUGGCCUGCCGCACCGACGCCACCGGCUCGUUCCUCGUGGCGCAGGGCGCAGCCCUGCCCACCACCACCAACGCCACCAACGCCACCGCCACCAGCACCAGCACCACCUCCUCCAGCAACGGCGGAGGCGUCACCUCCGUCGACCAGUCCGCAUCGUCUGGCGGCAACAGCGGUCCCUCCGACCCCACCGUCGCGGUGCUGUCGGCGGUGCUGGGCGGCAUCGGCGCCAUACUGGUCGCCGGCGCCAUCGCGAUGAUAUACAUCGUGCGUAAGAAGCGCCAGGCCGAGCACGGAGUUGUGCCCAUCGAGAAUUUCCACGUCGUCAACUACUCGCCGGCCUUCGAGCCCGAUGGCGGCAUCGUGGUUUCGAGCCCCGCCGCCGGCGCGGCUGGCGGCAACGCCUUCGCGGUGGGUGGCAGCUCUGUUCACUCGGUAGCAGGCGGCGGUGUCGGCGGCUUCCACCGCCCCACCAGGAUCUUUGCGCCGCUGUCGCCCGGCGGCGGUGUCCGCGCGCCCGGCAACGCACACACCGUCUGCGUCACCGCCCCGGCGGACAUGAGCUCACCGGUGCUGGCGUUCGGCGACGGCGCCACACGCAGAAUGGACGCCCCCAUCAUCACCAUGUCCACUGCGGUGCCGCCGGUCGCGGUGUGGCAGCACGCGCGUCCCGACCCGGCGCCCCUGAGGCCGGGGCCGCCCGCCACGGCUCGGCAUCCAGCAGCACCCACAACCAUGCCCCCUCGCCGGCGCGCGUUUUGACCACGGCGCGCGUUGUGGCCACGCCGGCGCCGCCACCGCCAGGGCGCCAGGUCUCGGGCCCGGGGCCGGCGCGCCUGGCCGCGCCCGUUGCAUCCUCGCGGCACUGGUAACCCAAUGCGGUCGUCCUCAGGCUGAUGCUGCGUUGCGUGAAGGCACGCACGGCUCGGCGUCCACCGUCACAGCGCCCGCGGUUACGCCUACCGCACUGCUUGUCAGCAGUGUAGUGCUACUACUAAGUACGAAUUGCUGACUUGGGUCCGGCGGCCGGGUGGUACCUGCGUCUUGCUGGUGGGUUAUGAGCUCGUGCAUGGGUGCGUGUGAGCGCGCAUGCAUCUUUUUGGGGCUAUUGUCUUGCUGAAUUGCAAGGCCAUACACACACAGCACCAAAGCUGUGGCGUGUGUGCAAACAGUGUGCAAAGUGCUGCUCGGUAAAGGGACGGCAAGCGAUUAGCUUGGACGGCCAUGCUGGAUGUGCCAAAAGGAGCAUCGCCUGCGUUGUUCGCUGUGAUUGCGGCUGGUUGGAUAACGUGAUCCUCGUAGGGUACUUGGGUGAUCGAGUCAUAUGCGCACACCAUAAGGAGCCUUCACCUCCUUGUGAGAGUGGUGGCACGGCACAUGCACAUGCACAUGCAAGGCACGGCACAUGCAUGUGAAUGCACGGCACAUGCAUGUGAAUGCAUGGCACAUGCACGUGUAGGUACGCGGAAAUGGUGUGGGCAGCUGAGCCCCGCCGCAGCUGCUGCAGGCGCCGUUUGCGUGCGGCAUGGUGGGAACAUGGGGUGCUCAUCAAUUUCUUUGGUCAGGGGUGAACCGAUGCAAUAUGGAUAGGCAGAUGCCAGCGUCUGCAAUCAGGGCGGCAUAGUAUCCAUGCAUUUCAUGUUAUAUCGGAAGACGUGUUUCUACAUGCACUUGCUGAAGCGCGGGUGUGCUGAUGCGAGGUCUGCAAGUGAUUUGUACGGAUUCAAGAUCGUGACGUAAGUUAGGCGGCUUGGGAAACAGCCAUAAGGUGUAGUGUGUGUUGCAGUUGACAUCAACUUUUGCUAUGUGCAUAUUGGUUACAGUCGAACGUGCAUACAAAUAGGUAUUUCUUUCUGCCUGCAGUUGCCUGAUCAACUUAGCGGUGUGGGCAUGCUGUCAUCUGCCUGCUGCCGGCAGCACUCCAGCCACAAACGGACAGGGCGGGCAGGGAGCGCCCGAGUGUCGUGGCCUGUGCUCCGCGGCCACAAGGCCUGAGUCAAGCCGCCUGCCGCUCAGCCUCGCCGCAUAGGCGAGUGAGCUGGUGUGCAGGCAGGCACGCCCGGCACUCAAACCAGGAGCUGGAGCGUCACCAAUAAAGACGACCGGGGGCCGAGGACCCACAUGUGCAUUUUCAUGGUACCCGUGCAUGGCCUACGAGAUUGUGGCGUUGGGAGUGGUGUGCGGCGUGCUGCCGCCGCAUGCGUGCUGUUAACGGUUUUAGGGCCUCACGGGGUGUAGGAUUGCAUGUGGCGGAGCAUGAUGGAGGCAUCCGAUGUAGCCGAUCCUUGACUAUAUGACUGGCGAAAAUAAAGCGGUUUGCCUGUUCGCACAAGGCACUACACCUUUGGCCUUGAUCAUCAGUGAGCGGUCCGAUGACGCUGUUCCCAUGCUGACUGGCAAGGAGUGGUUUGAUUGCGAGGGUGCACUUGCGGACCAGCAAUAAAAGCAGGCAGAGAAGAAGUGGAAGACAGACGCCGUGUUAGUGGCUGGCAACCCAACGCUUCUAGCAAGAAAUGAAUCUGGCACAUCUGGUCAAGUGGCGUGGGUUUUCAAACCCCUUCAUUCCGUGCGGUCUGGUUGGCGUGCUGCGGAGUUGCAGAGACGUGCGUGUGUUGUUGCCAUCACCGCAUACCGGGCAGGUGUGACUACCUCCGCAGCACAUGUUCUCUCCCACAAUAACGAUUACUGGGAACGUGAAUAUCGAACAUACGACGCAUGGUCUUUGGCUCUGCUAGGGUGCUUCCGUGUUGUGGCGAAUCGGUGUGCUUUAUGCUGUGGCUUUAUACCUUCAUUCAUACAUUGAAGAUGGUGGGGUGUGUUGGCGCUGAGACUCGGAUGAUUGUAGCGGGCGCGGGCUGCGGCAGCAUGGUCGCCUCAGCACAGGGAAGGCCCCAGCAAGUGCUGCAGCUGAGGAAGUAACCAGCAGUCCACUUGUUACCGCGAAGCGGACGAUCAACGCUGCGGGCUGCGGGCUCACACGGGUCGCCGCUGGCUAGCUGUGUGAAGCCGGUUCAAUGGGAUUGCUGGGCUGGCGGACGGCUGGCGGGUGGGCGCCGGAGUCGCUGGAAUAUGCGCCGUCCGAAACCGGCGCUGAGCCAGGGGCAGCAGCAGCAGCAGGGGUCGGGUGGUGACGCCUGUAGAGAGCAUGCACUUUUGGACCACUGGUUCUCUAAAAUGCCGGGCGCAGUGUAUGGCGCGGCAUUCCGUAUGAUGGUUAUCUGGGCGCUUCAUUGUGCAGAGCCAUCGAGUCAUCUAUCUCAGGUUUGAUUUUGUGCAAUAGGAUGGAGUAUGGGGCGGGUUGGCGCCCGUGCUUCGUCCCGUGGCUGAUGCGACCCCGGCGUCAAUGGAACAUGGAAAUACGUCGCCCCU